AUGAAGAACACAGACCUGAAUCAGACUGGUGAGAUGGCAGCUGUGUUGUUCUGUUUCCCUCAUCUGCAAAACUCCUGCCCUCGAACUCUCAGAUUGUCUGUUAUAAGGGUGGCUAUGUACGCCUUCAUGCUGACCACCAUUCUAAUGACUGUGUGUGGAAACCUUCUGGUCAUAAUUGCUAUAUCACAUUUCAAACAACUACACAGUCCCACUAAUUUCAUCCUUAUAUCCUUGGCCUUGGUUGAUUGUUGUUUAGGCUGCUUUGUUAUGCCUUUCAGUAUGUUGAGAACAGUUGAAGGAUGCUGGUACUUGGGGAAACAUUUCUGUAGAGUCCAUUCCAGUCUAGACAUUAUGUUCUCUACAGUAUCUAUAUUGCAUCUGUGUUUGGUUUCAAUUGACAGAUACCGGGCCAUCUGUCAUCCUUUGCAAUACAAGACAAAUGUUUCUACCCUCAACGUGAUCAUAUAUAUAGUUGUCAUCUGGUUGACUGCAUCUACUUUCAGUUUUGGGCUUGUGUUCUCAGAGGUAACUACGGAGAAUUUCAAGACACUUGUACUACUGGAUUCUUGCAUUGGUAGCUGUGUUUUCAUUUGUGGUAAACAAUGUGGGAUCACCGUUUUUCUUGUAGCUUUCUUCAUUCCAGGAACUGUAAUGUCCUGUUUAUAUAUUAAGAUCUUUCAUGUUGCUAGAAAACAUGCCAGGGUCAUUUCUGACAGAAUGGCCACAGUUGCUUGUCAUGAAUUAAAGAACAGAGUAUCAGAGCAGAGAGAGAGGAAGGCUGCUAAAACGUUGGCAAUAGUAAUGUGUGUUUUUCUGCUAUGCUGGGUCCCCUUCCUCUGUGCUUCUCUUGUUGAUCCAUUCCUGAACUUUGUUACACCUGUUGAUGUUUUUGAGGCCCUCUUCUGGUUUGGUUACUUUAAUUCUACAUGCAACCCUGUAAUCUAUGCCUUCUUCUAUCUGCACUUUCGAAAGGCAUUUAAAAUUAUUAUAGCAAAGAUUUUUGGCCUCAAGAUUACCUCUACUACUUUGUUCUCUUCAUGA